CAUACGUCGCAAUUCACCUACGUGCAGAAUGGCGUUUAAUCUAGCCGCAUUUUCGUACAUUGUGGCUUUAAUCGGUGACGCGUUUCUAAUAUUUUUCGCGAUAUUUCACGUAAUCACAUUUGACGAGUUGAAGACUGGAUACAAAAAUCCGAUCGAUCAAUGUAACAACUUAAAUCCGCUCGUUCUACCAGAGUAUAUACUGCACAUUGUGAUCAAUCUUUUAUUUUUGAUUAGCGAGCAAUACUUUUCGCUGUUUAUCAACAUCCCGCUCAUAGCUUAUCAUGUAUGGCGAUACAUGAACAGGCCUUUGAUGACAGAAUCGGGCCUAUAUGAUCCUACGAGCAUAAUGAAUGCCUAUGACUUGUCCAUGUACCAUAGAGAAGGAUGGAUUAAACUAGCGUUUUACCUUUUGUCAUUUUUUUAUUAUCUGUAUGGAAUGAUCAGCUCAUUGAUCAAUUAAAACGAGUGACCGUCAAGAUCUGCAAAAGUUUUCUAUUUUUUUCUGCAAUUGUUUGGUACAGUGGUUGCUUACGCUGAAGUACAAGUUAUUUUCAACCAACUUGUAAUAAUGGGAGUUUUGUAACAAGUAUUACCGAGGAAGAUUCUUUGACAUCUGUCUACCAUUUAGGUAAAGGUCUUUAUAAUCUGUACACACAACACACACAUGUAUAUGUAUGAUCUAAAAUACAUUAGACAUUUUUCUGAAGUACAUCCAAUGGCUCCAU